GUAUGGAAGUUCCAAAAAGCCCAUCUGAAAAUUCAGCAGGUCCCCGGCCUAGGCCAUGUACCUCUCACAGUCGAUAUGUUCGGAAUUCAAAUUUCGUGGGUACCCAACGGUCGAUUUAGGGUUCUUCCUUCCGCAUCCCCCAUUUCAUCUCUUGGAAACCCAAAUCACUGUCACGGAAAAGAGAAACAAGACCCUCCGAAACCAAGAACCCCCGGUAAAAUUCUCUGUUUGGUUUCCGUCAAAACUGGAAAAUGGUCGUCAAGAAACCAUCUUCGUACGAGAAAUCCCGCCUGGAAAGGCUCGAAGAGAACAAGAAACGAAUGGAGGCUCUCAAUCUCCCUCGGCUCUCUCUUGCCCUCCAGUCCACUUCCCCUAAAUCAUCUCCGAUGAAGAAGUCUAAGCCUCGGAUACAGGAAAAGAAGCUAGUGGCAGUUCGUCGAUCGAGCCGUCUCUCGAAUCAUCCUUAUCCUGUUUACAAAGAAGUCACUGUUCAACGAGUGGAGAUACCCAGAAGGAUUAGCAAGAGGAGGGAUCUGUCAAACCGGGUUUACGCUUCGGACGAAAGCAGAGCAGAGGCCUUGGCGAAAGCUGAGAAGCUGCAGGAUGAAUUGGGAGAUGAGUACCCGAAGCUCGUGAAAUCCAUGCUUCCAUCCCACGUUUCCGGUGGAUUUUGGCUGGGUCUUCCGGUUCAGUUCUGCAGAUCACACCUACCGAAACAGGACAGUGCCAUGACUCUGAUAGAUGAAGAAGGCGAAGUGUAUGAGACCAUAUACUUAGCCCGAAAGACGGGACUCAGCGGCGGAUGGCUGGGUUUCGCCGUUGCUCACGAUCUAGCCGAUGGGGAUGCCUUGGUUUUCCAACUGGUCCGCCCUUCUGCUUUCAAGGUUUACAUCACAAGAGCCAGUGGUAACACACCAUGAUAGAUUCGGGGGAUGGCUCUUAUCAAAAUGGCUUCUUUUCUUUUUGUACGUAGCCUCCUUCUAAUUUCUCGACUGAUCUCUAAGGUUGUAUCUGACAUUCGAUCUUUGUUUAGUUGAUCGAUGGACCGUUUGAUUCACCGGACGAGAACGUAAAACUCGGUCUAUCUAUCUGUCGUGUUCUUCCUC